CCCGUGCGUUAUGCAUUACACUCAUUCGUAAACAACAGAGUACCCCGAGUCUUUGCUUUCUGUUUAUUUUUUAUCAAGUAUUGCUUUUUGGCCUUUAUAUUUGCUUGUACUGUAUAGUACAAAUUUUCGAAACUAGUCUACUGUAUAGAACAAUUUAGAACGAACGAAUAAUUAAUCCGUCGCUUAAUGGAUUUCCUAAAGAGUGGAUUCAAAACUGUGCUUGGUGCCACAGAACCAGGCCAACCGCCGAGUGCUGCAGAAACCGUUGAAAAACUAGUCGACAGAGCAUCUUCAUCCACACUUUUGGAAGAUCGACGAGAUGCUUGUCGUGCCCUUAAGGCUCUUUCGAGAAAAUAUCGCAUUGAAGUUGGCGCUCAGGGCAUGCCCGCUCUGAUACAAGUUCUUCAAAAUGACUGCCAAGACUGUGAAAUUAUCUCUUAUGCCUUGGACACUUUGUGCAAUAUUGUGGCAACAGAAGAAUUUGAUGAAGAGGCCGACAAUCCCACAGUCUCAGUUAAUGUGGGAGAACAAUUUACGGAAAUGUUCAUAAAAAAUCCAGAACAUGUUUCCUGUGUUAUGAACUAUUUAGAGGAGUAUGACUUUCGAGUACGCCGGGCAGCAAUACAAUUGCUGACCACACUGAUACAGAAUAAAACUCGUGAUUUACAAGAGCACAUAUUGGUGAGUCCAAUGGGUGUAUCAAAACUAAUGGAUCUAUUGUCCGAUAGCCGUGAGGUUAUACGUAACGAUGCCCUCUUGCUGUUGAUACAAUUGAACAAAGGGAAUUCCAAUAUUCAGAAAAUUGUGGCUUUCGAAAAUGCAUUCGACAAGAUUUUCGAUAUCAUACGAGACGAAGGCUGUGCCGAUGGUGGCAUUGUGGUGGAAGACUGUUUGAUAUUGCUGUUAAAUCUCCUGAAGAACAAUUCCAGUAAUCAGCAAUUCUUCAAGGAAGGUUCUUAUAUUCAGCGACUGGCUCCAAUGUUCGAGUUGUCUGGCAGGGAAGGAGAAGAACAAGGAUGGGCUCCGCAAAAAAUGUCAAAUGUUCAUUGCAUGUUGCAGGUGGUGAGGUCAUUGGUCACCCCCAGCAAUCAGCAACAGGUAGUGUCAUCAUGCCAAAAAGCCAUGUCUAAACUUUUGGAAGCCCUUUGUGAGAUACUAAUGGGCAGUGGUGUACCAGCCGAUAUAUUGACAGAAACAAUUAAUGCCGUGGCAGAAGUUGCACGAGGCGAUCCUGACAAUCAGGAAUUGUUGAGCAAAGUAAUGGCCCCAAGUACGCCCCCUAGGCCUGUGAUUGUUGUACUGCUUAUGUCAAUGAUAAAUGAGAAGCAAAUGUUGGCAUUACGUUGCUCUGUACUCUAUUCAUUCCAGUGUUAUUUAUACCGCAAUCCUGCAGGUCAACAGGCAGUAGUCUCAACAUUAUUACCAUCAUCAGCUGCCGAUGUCUCAAACCUCUCCACUGGUCAAUUGCUGUGUACAGGACUAUUUUCCACGGAUUCAUUGGCCAAUUGGUUUUCGUCGGUGGCCCUAAUGCAUACCUUGGUGGAUAAUACCAGUCAAAAGGAAGAAUUGCUGCGAGUGCUGCUGGCCACAUCUGCUGGUGGACAUAAGCCCAUAACACUACUGGAACAGUGUACCAAUCUAUUGCAACAGGAAUCGUAUAAACUUCAAAGUAAAGUUGGUCUGCUCAUGCUGUUGAGCAUGUGGGUGGCUCAUUGUCCAACCGCGGUAAAAACUUUGCUCCAGACCCAAGGCACCAUGGGUUAUUUGACGGCCCAAAUUAGUGGGAACGAACAUGAUGAAAAUGAAUAUUUGGUGCAAGGUCUAUGCGCUUUUCUAAUGGGUCUUUGCAUACAAUUCAAUGACAAUUCCUUAGCUGGACAAAAACGUGAUGACAUAUGUCAGCUAAUUAUCAAGCGAAUUGGGCAGGAAAAUUUCUGCAAUAAACUUAACGAAGUCUCCAGGCACGAGGCUUAUAGCAGAGCCUGUAAACAACCACAAAUAAGGGCAAAGUCGGCCAUUGAACUUUUACUGGACUAUGAAUAUUGUAAGCUAUUCAAGGGCUUGGAAGCUUUGGUAGUCAAAAUGGUAACGGGCUUUGAUGUGAAUGGCAUUGAGUUGACUGAGCUAACAUUAAGUUCGGAAGCUUCUGCUUUGGUGGCCCAGUAUAAAGGCAUUAUACGUGGUUUGGACACUCAAAUAACAUCACUACAAGAAACCGUCAAACAAUUGGAAUCUAAAAACACCGAACAAGAGAAAAAGUUAACAGAGCUACAAUCAUUAAAUCAUCAGCUCACCGACCAAAAUACAUUGCUGAAGGCCCAGUUAGGAGCCCGAAAAAAUAAUGACUCCACCUCGACCAAUUCUUCAACUCCCAACAAUGACAAUAAUUCCUCACCCACCAACCAUGCCACGUUGGAAGCCUUAAAUGCAGCCCAGUUUCAAACCAAUCUUUAUUAUACGGAAAAUUUGCGCUUGCAACAGGAAUUGGAGAACUUACGCAAGUGUUUGCAAGAGACAACGGCCACGGCAAAUACUGCAAACGAAAAUUAUCGAAAACUGCAAAAAGAUCAAGAAGACCUUUUGGAGUUACUAACCGAUCAAGAAAACAAAAUUCAACGCUACGAACAGCAAAUGCGGGCAGCCGGUCUACCCGUUGAAGACGAGGAAGAGGCCGAGAAUGAAGACAACAGUAAUAGCGAUGAAAAUAUAAUUUCAAAUCCUUCAAGUUCUCUAACAAAUUCCAUAGAAAAUUCAAGUCCCCAACAUGCAAUAACGCAAAAUAUUUAAAAGCGUUUGCCAUGAUCAACGUUGUAUAUCCUUAAAGGAAUCUGGUUCUAAAAGAAAACUUUAGUCGUUUGUCCCGCUCCGAAAAUGGUUAGUGCGGGGGUAUAACACAAAAGUUUGUUUGUAGCUAACAUUGCCAAUUUCGUUUUUAUUCCAAAUACACACACACACACAUAUAAUGAUCCAUGUUAAUGAUAAACUAUUAAAAUUAUUCUUUAAUUUAAGAUACCUGUAUGUUAAAAUAAUGUUAUAACUGAUUUGUAUUUAAUUUCUACAAAAUAUAUAUGUUUUGCGU